CACGGCAUAUCUCCCGAACGCAGUCGUUUCAGGAAAUCACCCUUUUAUUUUUCAGGCUCGCGUAGUUCUGAAGCCGCUGGUGUCACUAAUAGGCCGCCUCGUAGCCUGUAGUACCAGAAUAAGCGUCGACACACAGACAGAGAGACAGACAGACAGACAGACAGACAAACCAACUACUGUAACCCUCGCUGUGCAUGCGCGCCGAGGGUUAAUAAUUCUGGGUAACUUUAGGCUAAGUAUACCUUUAACUCCUACAUUUCAGAUCCAACAGCAAUCUUGAGAGAAGCCUUGAAGGAUAGCUCCCUCAGUCCAGACUGCGUGCCCCAUCCUCUCACUACUGACCAGAAGAUGUGGCUCCCCACUCCUCCAGAAGCAUCUGGUCAAGGCAAAAAGGAAAAGAAAUCCAAGAAGAAGGCUGUAACGACCCCUCCUCUAACAAGUCAUGCAGAGUGUGUGGACUUCAUCCGUCGCUACAACCUCCCUCUCCUGCUCCUCGGAGGAGGUGGCUACACCAUCAGGAACGUGGCCCGCUGCUGGACCUACGAGACUGCCGUCGCUCUCAACUGUGACAUCGCCAAUGGUACUCUCCAUUCAGUACACGUCUAAAAAGCUAUGCGGAGUGUACGACUCCACUUUUACACCCUACUACAUUGUACGGUACCAGUCCAAAAAAAUGCACCGUAGUUGUGUUACAACUCCAAAACUUAAAGGUGUUGCUAUUGUAUUGUACUCAGUGCUUGCAUGAAGUUUUGGCCUUUUACGACCGGUACACAUGUGGCGCUGGUUGGUUUAACCACUGUAGUAACAUUACGUACAAUCCUUGCUGUAUGCUGUAGUGUUGCUACAUAAGUGCAUGUUAUCACUGUAGGACGUGUAGCUACACCUCUCUGUACAUUGUAUGCACCUACUGUACAUGGUUAAUACAUAGGUACGUACGUAG